AAAAUAACUAAAAAAUAUGCCAGCGAGACAGACACCAUGUCGACUAGGGCUAAAAGGCGCAACCUGGAGCUACCCAAAAGGCGAGCGACUGUGGGCAGAGUGCUGGUAUGUGGCAUGGGCUACACCGGGCAGCUGGGCCUGGGCUCGCUAGUCUUGCAGCUGAACCGCUUAUCACUAGUGAACAGAAUACCGAAUCCUGUGGAUAUUUGCGCUGGUGGCAUGCAUAGCCUGGUGCUGACGCAGAGUGGCGAUAUCUACUCCUUUGGCUGCAACGACGAGGGCGCCUUGGGGCGGGAUACCAGUGCGGACGGCAGCGAGUCGUUGCCCGCUUUGGUUGAUUUGCCGGGCAAAGCGCUGUGCAUUUCAGCGGGAGAUUCGCACUCGGCUUGCCUACUGGAAGACGGCAGCGUCUAUGCGUGGGGAUCGUUCUUCCACUCGCAUGGUAGCAUGGGCCUAAACAAUGAUGACAACACGAGCACACCAACUAAUCUCUUGCCGGGAACUGUCUGCUGCAGCAUUGCCUCGGGCUCCGAUCACUUGGUUAUAUUGACCACCAGCGGAAAGGUCUAUACACUGGGAUGUGCCGAGUACGGUCAGCUCGGACGCAUUUCAGAGCGUUCAUUGCCCGGAGAUGGUCGCCGAGGCAAGCAGGAUUUGCUUCGGCCGGACCAGAUAUUUAUCAAACACGCCAAGCCGUUCGAGGCUAUAUGGGCAACUGAUCAUGGUACGUUCAUACGCGAACGCACAUCGCAGACGGGAACUAUCUGGGCCGUGGGUUUGAACGAUAGCAAUCAGCUAGCCCACGAAACAGUGUCGGAGCCGGACCACUAUAAUUAUCCGGUGCCGACUAAACUGAAAAAUAUAAAGCAGAUUGCUGGUGGAUCUGAGCACACACUGCUGCUACUGAAUAAUCGGAAAUGCUUUGCCGUUGGUUCGCCAGAGCAUGGAUGCUUGGGCCUGGGCGAUGUCAAGGACGUGGUGCCCAUAUUGACGCGCGUUAAGAAGCUGUCCGACAACAUUGUCUAUGUGGGCUGUGGAAAGUUCUGUUCCUAUGCCAUUGAUGAUUACGGCAAGCUAUAUUCCUGGGGCAUGGGCUCCAAUAACCAGCUGGGCGUCAACGAUGGCGAUGAUGAACUGGAGCCAGUUCUAGUCAGCAGCAAGUAUAUGCAAAACAAGAAGACACUGCUCGCAUCCGGCGGAGAAAAGCACAGUCUGUUUUUGGUCGAGGCCGAUCCGAGGGACUAAACUAAUAUUUACCACCAGCAAAGGGUGGAACUAGGACUCAUAUUUCAACCGAAGAUACUUUAAGCAAAGACUGAAGUCUGCUAAGCAGGAACCCAAACCUAAACAUAUCUACUUAAAAACCUGACUAAAACAUAGAAAUAGAUACAAUUUGACAGCA